CACAAGCAACACGGAAGUAUCAGCUUACUGCAGCCGGUGUUUCAUUAGCAGACAUGUUGCUGUGGGUCCUGUCCACCUUGCUGGUGCUGUUUAGUACCCUUGACGUGUGGUAUUUCAUAAGAGGAGUCUGGGUGGUCCUGAAGUACCUGUUUCAGGACCCGGUCCGAGAUGUGCUAGGCGAGCAGGUCGUCCAUGGCCGAGUUCUCCCCCACGACAUCGAUUAUAUGGGCCACAUGAACAACGCUCGCUAUCUGAGAGAGUGCGACUUCGCCAGACUCUCCUAUUACGUACGCAACAGGAUGUUCAUGGCUUUCAAUGCAUUCGGGGCAAGGAUGGUGGUCGGAGCCUUGACCGCCCGCUACCGGAGGUCACUCGGACUCGGAGAGGCGUUCGAGCUGCGUAGCCGCAUCGUGGCCUGGGAUGAGAAGUCCUUCUUUUGGGAACAGCGCUUCGUGUCCAAGUCCGACGGCUUUAUCUCGGCUGUCGUGCUGUGCAGGCAGAAUGUUAUGCGUGGCACACCUGAUCAGAUUUUGCAGCAUGUCUGCAAGAGAAAGGUGGAGUGUCCUGAUAUCCCAGAGGACCUUCAGCACUGGAUCAAUUUCAUCUCCGCAAACAGUCAGGCACUGAGAGCAGAAUGUGGAUUAGAUGGGAAGUCCAAGUGAGCGUGUUUGGUUUAUCCAAGCGCAUUUUCUUUCAUAUUUAUGUUAGGAUAUUAAAGGAAGGGGGGAGGGCGGGGAGUAAAAUCUUGAAAAGGGAAUCACUGAGCCAUGCAUAGAGUCUAGGGAUGUAGCGAUACCAGGUACCAAUUCGAUAUUGUGCUCAUUUUAUCGUCCUCAUAAAAAAUGCUGUUUAAAUAAUAUUGGUUGGAGUGAUACAUCAGCUAUAUUCCAUUCAGCUAGCAUGAUACUGAAUGAGUCGAAGACGAGUAGCUGAAUGGAAUAUAUCUGAUAUACCAUGAAAAAAAGCCAGCCAAUAUUAUUGUUAUACAUACACACACACUCCCAGUUUUUCGAUGUCCGUUGAUAUGUUUUUCUCUUGUAACCAGAGGGGAACCAUCAGAGCCUUCUAGGUGUUCAGAGAAGCCCAAACACAUCAGCAUUUCACGUUAUGUUAUAUUUCUUUCAUUCUUCCAUAAUUUCAUGAGAAUUCUCUUCUAAUUCUAAUUCGGCCUCAUUUUCUAUCAAAUUUGCUUCAGAAAUGAAAGGGUUACUGUCCUGAAAACAUUAAAAUCGAGUUAUCCAAUGAGAUUGUUUUGUUUGUUGUCUCUAGGUUGAGAAGAGUUUAGAGCUGCUCACUCACUGGUUAGAACUUCAUUGCCGGGACAGAAGGCCAUGGCAGUGUAUGUUUAUGUAGGAAGUGACAGAUUAAUUAUCCAAUCAGAUUUUGAUUUAUAGUGGGAGGGACCAAAAAUUUAUCACCCUAGACCCUCUCGAAGCCCAACAUGAGCUUAACUGCAAGUCAGUGCAGCAGUGAAGUCACCUUCCAGCCAGUGUAGCGGUCAUCAGUAGUGUUAGCGAAUGCUAAUAAAGCAGUCAAGCCAGUGCUAUCGAGAGCUCCAGGCUAAUGACCGAGAAACUAAGAUUUCUGUCUCCAGACUCUUCUUCCACGCUGCACGCUCACUACAGUAUUUUUCACUCAGACUUAAGUAUUCAUUUCCCUUUAUAAUUUGCUUAGUUACUUUUAAAAUCAACAUCGACAGCUACACGCAACGGAGCGACCCAGCAGCUAAAAUUCUCUCAAAAUUGUACGUAUUUAACGAAGCAAACCUGGCAGCCAUGUUUGUUUACAAAUUGUCACAGUCGCUCGCUAGCACGGAAGUUUUACAUCUCCGACGUGUCUCUUUUCCAGUUUUUCGAUGUCUGUUGGUAUGUUUUUCUCUUGUAAAUAUGCGUGAAGAUUAUCUAAUGAAGUUUUGGUAGCUUUUCAGGUGUUCAAUGCGUCUUUCUCUUUCCUGGCGAACAAAGAAAUGCUUUUAUGCAUGCACAGCAGAAAACUUUCUCAUUGGAUAUUCAUAUCAGCUCCGACGUGUGACGUCAUGUUAUCUUGACAACCAUGAAAUAUCGUGAACCAUAUUCAACGCUCAUUCUCCAUUGGGUAGAGUGACAUAAUACACGUAGGAUAAGCGAUAUGCUAACAAUAUUGCAUGCUAUCAAACCAAAUUAAUGAAACCUGCUAGAAGGGAACAGAACACGUUUUUAUUUCUUUGAAAAAGUGUGCUGUAUGUACAGUAUAAUAAUAUGAUAUAGGCCUUUUCAUGCUAACGGACAUCAAGAGAAGCUAUUACAGCAUCUUUUAAAAGGUAAAGUAACCUGAUCAAACAGUAUCGAUAACAUACACUACCAUUCAAAAGUUUGGGGUCACCCAGACAAUUUUGUGUUUUCCAUGAAAAGUCACACUUUUAUUUACCACCAUAAGUUGUAAAAUGAAUAGAAAAUAUAGUCAAGACAUUUUUCUGGCCAUUUUGAGCAUUUAAUCGACCCCACAAAUGUGAUGCUCCAGAAACUCAAUCUGCUCAAAGGAAGGUCAGUUUUAUAGCUUCUCUAAAGAGCUCAACUGUUUUCAGCUGUGCUAACAUGAUCGCACAAGGGUUUUCUAAUCAUCCAUUAGCCUUCUGAGGCGAUGAGCAAACACAUUGUACCAUUAGAACACUGGAGUGAGAGUUGCUGGAAAUGGGCCUCUAUACACCUAUGGAGAUAUUGCACCAAAAACCAGACAUUUGCAGCUAGAAUAGUCAUUUACCACAUUAGCAAUGUAUAGAGUGGAUUUCUGAUUAGUUUAAAGUGAUCUUCAUUGAAAAGAACAGUGCUUUUCUUUCAAAAAUAAGGACAUUUCAAAGUGACCCCAAACUUUUGAACGGUAGUGUACUGAGAGUCACGAGAGUGACUCACCUGAGCACACUGACCGUAUUGUAUCAGUGGGCGCGGUCAUUAAAUUGAGCACGACAGCCUGUGAAUUGCGCGCACACAAGUAGAGAAACUGUCAGGUCUGAGAGCAGUUCAGUUGUGCGAGCACUGAGACACGGGUUAUAGACUACCAUUAAUGUCGAGCCCUGAUUUAUAUCGUUUGCUGAAAAGGGAACAUUUAUUUCAGUAUUGAUUUGAAAUCAGAACUGGUUGCAUGUUUUGGGUCCAGAGACCAUUUUGAAUUUUUGGACCAAGUUCAAUAUAAUCACAAUCUCAAGCUUGAAAAAAAUAAUCGCACAAUAGAUGUAGGACUUUAUAAUAUACACUGACUGCUGACAUCAUCGCUGUGUCAAUCUAAUUGUCUUGGUUGUGGAUUUAUUUUAAAAGAUUUGAAUGUCACUUAUGUUGAUAUAAUUUAUUUAUUUAUUUAUUUAAAUGAUCAGCGAGAAUGCACCGAAACAAGAAUUUUGCACGUUUUUGCUUUUUAAUGUGCAUUAUUAUUAUUUCCGCAAGAUCAAAUGACACCAUGAACGAAGCCUGCAUUCUGAAAUAAAGUUGUUUUAAUUAAUAAAGAUGUUUGUGAUGGGGCUUAAUGAAGAACCGAGUACUUAUUUUCUGACCUGUUUCACAACGUGUGUAUUGUAUUUGUUUGGAGUAAUAUAUAAUCAUGAUUUAUGGCACUAGUAUGUAUUUUCAAUGUUAAUGUAGCAUUC